AUUACGCUUUUGUCCCUUUGGUUUUUCUCCUGCCCGGAAGUUUAAGAAGAGAACUAAACAUGAAUGCUUCUAAGGAAAGAGAGUACAUAAACGAAGAAGGCGCGGUUGAGACGAAGGUGGAGAGCACAAAGUACGAGUCGCCUCCGGGGCAACACCCGCCGCGGAAAGAGGCGGUGGAAGUGACCCAUCUGCGUCGGACUGGUGAAAACCCCGGCGUGGGUGGCGCCAUGGCGGAUGCCGCCACCAAGUUGGCUGACACGAUCGAUUCUGCCAAGGAAACCGGCGACCGCAACGAUUGAAAAAAAAAUGGGUUUCUUAUGAGAGUGAAUAAGUGGUGCGUUCAAGGUUAAGGGCGUGUAGCUAAUUGUCUUCAUGGAAUGUACUCCGUAUUACACAGUGACAUAUAGUCUAGAGUUUUAUACAUCUAAGUCCUAAAAAUAUCUUCUCAGUUACUAUUUACACAGUUAAACUUAAAUCACUUUCUUUACCUAUUUUCUUUAGUUAUUUGAUAAAAUAAUAUAGUCUUGUCAACUUU